AAAAGGAUCCAUAAAUGGGGUCUCCCAUCAUCGAUUGCAGGGAAGGAGAGUGGUGGUGCUGAUGCUAUAAAUGCAAAGAGGAGAGGUACUAGGGGAAAGGGAUGCUAAUCUGUUGCAAAGGACUGUCUGUCUCUCUUUCUCUCUCUCUCUCUCUCUCUCUCUCUCUCUCUCUGAGUCUCUCUCUCUCUCCGUUAGCGAAAGCCUCUAACUCCAGCCACAAGGAGGGAGGACAGCGACUGAGCUGAGAGAUACUUUUUAUAACCACAUGUUGCUGUGCUGACUGAAUUGCUGCCACGGUUGCUGCCUGUCAACUGUCCUUCUUUGAUUUGUUUAGUCCCUCUGUGAAAAGCCAGAGCCAUUUAAUUAAUAGUAACUCUGCCCACCUGUGACAGCUGGCAUUUCCUCUACGCCACAUGUAGAGGCAAGAAAAAAGGGAGGGAAGAGAAAUAGAAGGGAAAGGACAUCUUUCAUGAAAAGUGGGCAUCCAAAAGACAGACAUAAUUUCACUCCCAGUUGACACAAAUGAAAGUCUAUGAUUGGUAAUGAAAAGAAACUCAAACAUAAAAGAAGCAUCACCAUGCCAGGCCUGAUCAACAAGGAGAGGCAGAUUGCUCUGCCUCUCAGUGUCUCUGAGAUCACUUCCUGUGUCAGAGGUUACACUCUAGCCCUGACAGCAUCCAUGACCUACAACAACUUCGAGGACCAUCCUAUUGAAGGUAUCUUCAUUUACCCACUGGAAGAAUGCUCUACUGUUGUGGGAUUCGAGGCUAUGAUCUCCAGCCAAAUAAUAACAGUGCAAAUCAAAGACAAGUCCAAGAUGGAUGACUGUUACUUUGAUUGCUGCACUACAGCUAACGGAGCCCUUCAGAGUGGCAGUGGACAGAUAGUGCUGGACGAGGACUUGGAGAGGACGGUGUUGGUGGUGAAUCUGGGGGUCAUCCCACCUCUGGAGACGGUCAACGUGCUGGUCAGCACUUCCUCUGAGCUACCCACCCUGCCGGACGGGGGAAUCCGUGUCACGUCACCCUCCGUGUGCACCCCGAGGGUCCAGAGGACCAUCAACGAGGAGCAGGGACUCUCCCCUAACUUCCAGAACAGAACGAGGGAUAGGCAUAAUUGUGCCCUGGGUCCACAUGAACAGACACCCAUAAAUCCCCAGCUGUGCAUGGCCCUGCUACUGGAGGAAGAGGCCAUCAACUCCAUCGACUAUGAGUUUAGCUUCCAGCUGGAGAUCAGAGCCCCCUAUCUCCUUGCAGGUGUGGAGAGCCCCUCUCAUGCGAUCCGGGCUGACGCAGACCCCCUGGCCCGCUCAGCCACCAGCGUUGUCAUCACCCUGGCUGACAAAUACACUUAUGACUGCCCUGUGGAGAUCCUCAUCUACCCCAGCGAUCCUCAUCUGCCACAUGUGCUGAUUGAGGAUGGAGACAUGACACUGGAGGAGUACGAUGAUCACCUCGCGGGGAAGAGUGACUUCAUCAAGGCCACCAAGAAGGACUCCAGCAAUGAAAAGAAAGUGGAUAUCAUUCGCAAGCGUCUCCACAAGGACAUCCUUCACAACCCUGUGGUCAUGCUCAACUUCUGCCCAGACCUCAAGUCCAUGACCUCUGACCUGAGGAAGGUGCAUGGAGAGUACAUCUUCCUCAUUGACCGCAGUGGGAGCAUGAGCGGGGUCAACAUCAGCCGUGUCAAGGAUGCCAUGGUGGUGAUUCUGAAGAGCCUUGUGCCUGCCAGCCUCUUCAACAUCAUUGGCUUCGGCUCCACAUUCAAAGCACUGUUUACUACCAGUCAGAGCUAUGAUGAGGAAACAGUAACCAUGGCUUGUGAGUACAUCAGGAAGAUCCGAGCUGACAUGGGCGGCACCAACAUCCUGGCACCGCUCAAAUGGAUCCUGAGACAACCGAUGCACGCAGGUCAUCCUCGCAUGCUCUUCCUGCUCACAGACGGGGCCGUCAACAACACAGGGAAGGUCAUCGAGCUGGUCCGCAGCCAUGCCCGCUACACCAGGUGCUACACCUUCGGCAUCGGUCAGAGUGCUUGCAGGAGACUGAUGACAGGACUGGCGGCCGUUUCCAAAGGAACGGCAGAGUUCUUGGCAGAAGGGGAGAGACUGCAGCCCAAGAUUAUUAAGUCGCUGAAGAAGACCAUGGCCCCAGUACUGAGUGACAUAGCCAUCGACUGGUUGUUCCCUGAUACCAAGGAGGUGUUGCUCUCCCCAGUGGGCUCCACAUUCCUGUUCCCUGGGGACUGUUUGAUUGGCUACAGCGUGGUGUGCGACACCACGCGCUACCAUCCCAAUCCCAAAUCUGAUAAAAGGAGGCGAUACAGUAUGAUGCAUUCCAAUGUGUCAGCUAGCUCAGUGUUUUACCACUCCCAAGAGGAGGACCCAGGGACGACUACAGGCUUCUCUGACGGUCCAGAAACGCACAGGGACAUACACUCCAGCCUGCCGUUUGACUCCUAUCCGGACUCCAUGUCAGAAAGCAGCCCUGGCCCCACAGAACACGAAGCCAUGGGAAUGGACAGCAAAACGUCACCUAGAAGACGUGUGUAUAGCACCAGCCAGAUAGUGGAAUACAACCAAAACAUGAAGAAGACCUACACUCCCAGUGACCCCAGGUCUGUAGAGGGGAAGAACCCGCUGAGGAGAGCUAAGGUCCAGGAGCUGAAUGGACAGACCAGCCCUGACUAUGGAGCACAGUGGAAGACUGACUACCACCCACAGCUGGUGAACCUGUGUGCCACAUCUGCCACAGCGUCCAGGGGGCGCCCUGCCAACGGGGCUUCUCACAGACCCUCCUCCCAUCUGGAGUGGGCUCCCCAAGAGGUGGACCCAGAGCAGGCCCAGCCCCCCGGCUCCAACCUGCAGGCCGCAGCCACCAGGAGCAGGGCUGACCCAGAGCACGCUCCAGGAGGAGCCAGGAGCACCGGUGGGGAGGACUGCUCCUCCUCCACUGACCCUUCUGUCGGCAGCUUAGGAGACACAGACUGCUACCCCAAUCAGCUGUGUGAGAUAGAAACCCCCCAGGAGCCUCCAGCCAUGCCAGAACUGAACACCACCCCAGCCUGUCAGGAGGUGCCAGUCAAGUGGGAGGUGACCUUUGACAUAAACCCCUACCUGAAGGGCAGAGAGCGGGAAGAGAAAGUUCACGAGGAACUAUGGAACGAAACGUUCCAUCAUCUGGCUGGACGUUCCAUUAUUCAGGAUUUUGAAAACAUGGCAGAUAAGGAGUGUGAGAUUGAGCAUGGUUCUGGCAGAAGAUGCCAGUUGUAUGCCAUCCACACCAGCAAGGCCUGUAACAUUCUCAGUAAAUACACUGCAUUUGUCCCUGUUGAUCUGGACACGAAUGAAUAUCUACAGACCUUAAUCGACUACAUCAACCCAGGUGAGGGUCUGAAGUGGGGCUCUCGCUCGGGGAGCAGGAAGAACCAGGGUUACUCCAUCGGACUGGGCCGCUCCCAGUCUGGCUGCAUGUCAGAAGAGGCUGAGGACGGGCAUCUGCACCCCAGUGUGGAAGAUGGGGCCUCUCCAUGCAGCACCCCCUCAUCCUCUGGUUGGGAAAGAAGCAGCUUUACAAAUGCCCCCCAGAGGAGCCCGUCUGUGACCUCAGACCAAUCACAGAAGUUGGUGGAGAGCCUCUUCUCAGCCAGGUUGACUCUCAGCCGGACAAGACUCCUGACCCGGGCUGCCAGGGGCUUCAUGUUUGGCUCACACAGCAAAACCAGCAACUCUGUAGGGGAGAGCGAGAAUGAAAAAAAAGACUACAUUCCUCUGGUGUCCUUACAGUUGGCGUGUGGUGCGUUCUGCCUGGACAGCGCUCUGUGUGAGGCCAUCAAUGUGCACAUGGACAAGCUGAAGUGGACAUCUCCCUUCACCAGCCACCGGGUCAGUCUGAGUCACCACGUUUCCCACUCAGCCAGUUGCCGCUCAGACAGCAGCACUGCAGAAGACAGCCACAAGUCCACCUCUCCGUCUCCAUUUGAGAGCUCAGCUAAGGUAACAGAGACCAGCCUGGCAGGCCACCACCAGACUGGAGACCUGGCUGUCAGCAGCCACAGCCAGACGGGCCACACCCCCUCACACCUGGCCAGGAGUCUCCGGAUGGAGGGUGGGCCAGGAUCUUCUCUUUUCUUCCUGGGCGGCCCCUCCACCCCUACCACCUACGCCGAGCCCCCUCUCUACCCUCUCUCUCUGACUGACGGCGGACGGGGCUCAGAGUCGGAGAGUGUGGAAACCCCCCCAGCAGCGCCCCUUGGGUCUGAGAAGAGGCUGGAUACGGAGGGCAUGGUGUGGGCCACGGCUGUAGCCCUGGCCUGGCUGGAACACAGCUCGGCGAGCUACUUCAUAGAGUGGGAGCUGAUAGCAGCUAAGGCUAGCAUGUGGCUCAGUGCCCAGAGCAUCCCUGAAGGAAAGGACUUAGCCUCGGUCAAGUCUGCUGCCAACCAGCUCUUUAUCAUCCUCAGACACUGGGACGAGAACCUCCAGCUCAACAUGCUCUGCUACAACCCCAACAGUGUCUGAGGCUGAUCGCAUCACAUGCACCGUCCUCCAUCCUGACAUAUCCAACCAUACUAUGCUAACUGACUAACGCUUUACUCACAAAAAAAUUGUAUUUGUUGUUCUGAUGAUUUUGUUAGUGAGGUUGUUGUGAGCAUUGUGUAGUUGGAUUAAUUUUGUUGUGAUAACUUCUAAACAUGUCAGAAGCUUCUCAGAGGCACGCUUGUUGUCUCCAUGUGGAUGGAUACAGACCAUGCAUUCACUAGCUAUGGGUCAGUGAAAGAAAUCCGAAGUGUUCGAGUAAACAUGCUGUAAAGUUACUUGCUGACUGUUUACAUAUUUGAGAGAAAAUAUAUGUUUUGUUUAUGUUUAAUAUUUCCAUCAUAUUGAUGUCCAAUGAUGAGAGAAUCUGCCAAAACAAUACCAAUUAUUAAUAUUGCAUCUAAUGUGUUUGAUCGUCACCCUCAUUUCAAAAUCCAUAUUGUGAUAUGAAAAUUAGCCUGGUAGCAGAUCUGUUUGUGCCGUUUUGCCAACUUUGCGAACUCCUCUUCUCAUGUUCGAUGUGUUUUUAUUGUAUUUUCAUCAGCCAUAAGUGCCUAACAAUGAUCAAACACAAACAACGAUUGGUUAUCUGGAAUACGUAUUUACAUGUUUUGCUGAUGUCAUGCAUUGUCCAUUCAUCAACAUGUUGUUUGAUAUGCUAUAUUAAUUGUGUUUCCUUAUAAAAAAUGCUCAGCAUGUUUUCAUAGUUCUGAAUAAUUUGAUAUAAAUGUUUUCCUUGGUCCUUGUUAUCUUUUACAAGGCAUUGUACUUUGCUCUCAUAUUUACUCAUAAACUUGUGUUGUUUUACUCAGGUGAUAUUAUUUUCCUCAGGCUUUGAAAUUGCAUCUAUCCCGCUGCAUGGAAACCAGGUGUUUGUGUUUUAAAAGAUGUAUCAACAGUGGGAGCAAAGCAAUUCCCACCACAGUCAACCUAUUCUGCUGCAUUUGGCUGUUGGAGAUGAGAUCAAAGGUGUGUCUUAAAUGUCUCCCUAUUCCCUUUAUAAUGCACUAUUUUUGACCAGGGCUCUGGUCAAAAGUAUCUCACUGCAUAUGGGAUAAGGUGCCAUUUGGGACGCAUCUCUAGAAAUGUCAUAAUGUAAUUGUGAUCUGUAUAAGCUUAUAGUGGUUGUGGUGGCUGGCUUUACUUGUGAGAAGUUGUAUUUUUCAUGUUUCGAGGUCAAACAUACUCUACAUGACCAAAUGUAUGUGGACACCUCCUUGUCAAACAUUUCAUUCCAAAAUCAUGGGCAUUAAUAUGGAGUCGGUCCCCCCUUUGCUGCUUAACAGCUUUCACUGUUCUGGGAAGGCUUUCCACUAGAUCAUUGCUGCGGGGACUUGCUUCCAUUCAGCCACAAGAGCAUUAGUGAGGUCGGGCACUGAUGUUGGGCAA